AUGCGUAUGAAGUUGGGUAACGAGCCCACGGUGGGUGCCUCAUUGGACUUGCCACGCCUGCCUUUAUCGAGCCCGCGGAACGUGCCGUUCCGCGAGGGCGACAAAGUUCACCUCGAGACCUUCCUCACUUGGCUCUUUCCGGAGGAUGUGCACGGCACCGGCGCGUUGCUGGAGGGGCUGUACAAGGGCCAUCUCACCCUGGAGGACACCUGGUGUCAGGCCAGCUUCAUGAUGCAGCUGGAUGAACUCCUGAAAGUCCACCCCUACUUGGAGCCUGGGGCCACCUCUUCGGUACAUCCCUUGCAGUACUGGGUGACCAGGUGCCGAGAGGCCUUCACUCGCAAGAAGUUCGGGGAGGCCCAAGAAUCUCUGCGGCGUCUUCUGGCGGGUUUGCGUGUGGAUCAACGGCAGAUCGGAGAGGCCUUCAGGCGCUUCGACUCUGACGUCUCGGGCCACUUGGAUGCCAAGGAGUGCAAGAACAUGUGCGCCUACCUGGGCUGGGGCCUUGAGGAAGCCAGUCUCAUGGAUCUGGACAAGGAUGGCCGCAUCACGCUGCAGGACUUCCAGGGAUUCGUGGGCCGCAUGGGAGGUGUUCAGCAGCUCUUCGAGCACCGGCGGUUGAGGAUAUCCUCCAGCCGCAAGGACGUGUGCGAUCACGCCGGCCUUGCGGUGGGCAGCCGGGUGCGGGCCCACUUCUACUGCCACGGCCAAAAGUCGCAGUCCUGGCGCGAGGCCCAGGUCCUCGCGGUGGGCGUGGAGAAGCGGCCCCAAGGAUCCAUGGGCCCCGUGACCUACGGCGUGCUCCUCGAGUUCGGCUUCGGCUACUCGGAGAAGCAGAAGCGCUGGCGCGCAAGGCAGGUGGUGCCGCCCACCUGGGUCCUCAGCAGUGUAGAGGACGCCUCCGUGCAGAGCGCGCUGCGGGAGAUCGGGCUACUGGACGAGGAUCAGGCUUUUUGGGCCCUCCUGCUGCCAGAGUCGGAAAUGAGAGCAGUGGAACGCCUCACGGAUUGCCAGCGCAAGGCCUUGGCGGGGGUCCGCGCGCAAUGCACCGAGACCCAUGAGCAGCACCUGCCGAAGGUCCGGGAGCGCUUCGAGAAGCUGGGCUUCAAGGAGCGGGAGCUGGACACCACCCUGGGCUGGAUCCAGGACAUGGCGCCCAUUUGCAUCCACGUGGGCCUGGACCGCAUGGGCCACUUCAUGGAGUCCGACGAGUUCUACCGCAACCAGUUCGAGACGAAGACCUCCUGCGGGGCGCUGGAUCCGGAGAACAGAACCAGACAGAAUUGGGAGAAGGAACUCUUCGGCGGUGCUUACGACAACGCCAAGGGCUUCGACCGCUGCAAGUACGGGGCGUUGAACGUGAUGAAUGACUACCGAGGCGUCGUCAAAGCACGACAGUAUGGGGAUUCCUACCUGGUGCUCAAGGAUGUGCGCUUGCGCACCACCAUGUGCUCUACUGACUCGGGAGGUAUGAGGGCGAACCGCCUGGGGGUUUUGGACAAGUACGCCCACGUGCUGGCUGAGUACAACGAUCGCGAGCUGCAGGGCCUGGUGGAGGUGGCGAUGAGCGCGACGGCGCCCAGCGAGGUGCCGAUGGUGCUGCCAACGCCGCUGCGCGGCAGCACGGUGGACCCCACGACUGAGUGGGUGACCUUCGGCUAUCCGGACUUUGCCCAAGACUCGGGCCGCUGGUACUUUGAGGUGCUUCUGCAGAAGGACUGCAAGGCGCCGCAAGUGGGGCUGCUCAGUGAGCACUUCCAGCCGCGGCCAGGUGCCAAGAGCAGCCAAGGCGUGGGGGACGACGCGCACGGCUGGGCCGUGGACGGGCUCAGCGCCUCCCGGUGGCACGGGGGCAGCAAUGGCGCCUGGGGCCAGAUCUGGCCGUCCAGCGGCUCAGGAAAUGACAAGAUGCUGAAGAGCGAAGUCGUUGUGGGAGUUGCUGUGGACCUGGAUAACCGCCAAAUGUUCUUCGCCACUGAUGGCCAGUGGGACGAAGAGCCGACGUUUCAGGGGGAGGAGUUCCCACCGGCCGUGGCAGUGUAUCCAGCGCUGUCCUUCCAAGGAAAGGCCUCGUUUUGCUUCAGCCCCUUCCGCUUCACCGCGCCGGUGGGAUAUGGCCGCUGGCCCGGCAGCUCCGGCAUUGCGCCCGUGCACAUGCCCCGCAUCGGCCGAGGCCUCAGGUAG